AUGGCUUUUCAGCUACAAAUAUGGAAUGAACUGCAAAAGACGGAAAGCAAACAGGCGGAUCCCGCAUACAUGACACCAGCUUAUCGUCCUCUGAAGGCGCUGAAUGGACGGCUACUUCGGACAAAUAUCAACGUCAACUAUAGACAAACCUCAUCACCAACAUGCUCGUCCAACAUAUACACAGAAAUGGGAUAUCGAUCAAAUCCUGCAAGAGCACGGCACAAUCAAUCGAUAACAAAACGGAAUGCUCCAAAGUACCUGGAUCGUGAAGUGUUCGAGCUUGAAAAUAUUGAAACCGAAGCGAUAUCUAAUGCGUCAUGA